AUGGCAAGCAUCCAGGAUCCCUCGAGCUAUCUUGCCAACGCGCGCAUUGCACCAGAGAUAUUUCAGCUUCGACCAGACUACCGCGCCUUGCUCAUGGUAGUUACUAACAUCCCACCGGGCUCUUGCGACGCAACCAGCGAAGCCUUUUUAUCUUCUGCCGAAACCACAGCCAAAGCAACUCUUGCGAAAACUCCAGUCAAUGAUGUUGCUCAUGUCGCGCAAUGGAAAGAAGCCUACAAGGCCUUCGGCGCAAAGCCCAAGAAGACUAUGAACAGCCUCGAAGCGCUAUUGCGUCGCGUUGACGCAGGCUUACCACGUGUUAAUCGACUGACGGAUAUAUAUAACGCAAUCUCAAUCAAACAUCAGAUUCCUUUGGGAGGCGAGGAUCUGGAUAAGUACCAAGGAAGCCCGUUCCUGAUACGCGCGAAGGGUGAUGAAAACUUUGACACGAAAUCUGGCGGCGAAAUCGUCAUUGAACACCCAAGUCCCGGAGAAGCAGUAUGGUGUGACGAUGGCGGCGUGGUAAGUGACACUGUACGAGCUGCAUAUGAGAGAGACGUAUACUGA